UUUAGUGUUAGUGGUUUUUGGGGUUACCUCUGGACGAUGAAAAAUAAUCUCUGGCAGUGAUACGUGUGGUCGAGUGCAGAGAGUCUCGCAGACUCCUCACUGGGGAAAGAACAACCUCACGUUUACACAUACAGCUGUUUGGGGGGGGGGGUCAAACAAACAUUUUUUUUUAUUAUUGUUCAUACAUUCUCGCGAGUUGGUAAUAACACCGAUAACGCCAAUCAGUCGGAACCCCCAACAUAUCCAUGCUGACAAAACCCCCCGAAAGUCAUUUAAUCUGUGCUCUCCUGGGAGAAACAAGUCCCUCGGUCGUCACCUGCCGUCUCUUUUUUUGUUGAAAAUUGCACUCGUACAGUCCACUCCCCCUCUCGCCCUCACCGAUGUGACACCUUUAACCCUGAGGAUUCUCUCCAAGCAACCGAGGAACCAACAGCCCAUUUUUUACUCCGACUCUCUCCCCUCUUAUUGUAAAUUUCUCUCGUCAUCCAUGAUAUGGAGAUUUGAUAGUUGCUUCAUUCGCGAUAUCAUCGACGGUGGAUUCCAGUUUUGGGGACUGAAUAAAGAAUUGAGUCUCGAGGACGGCAGGUCUUUAACACAAACCAAGAGGCCACAGGGUCUCGCUGUAAUCAGGAAUGUCCCUGCCCUCCUCCUCCACCUCGACAUCCUUCUCAACGUCCUCAUCAACCUCGUCUCUAGCAUCAGCCAAAGGUAUAGAAGGUGAUAAACCAGCUGGUGGGAGUCCAAGUCCAGUGGAAAGGCUCGAAAAUGGUCCAGGGCCGAGUAAUGCUGACGAGGAGUCCGUCAAAACCGAUAACAACGAGUCCGAGGAAUUCUCGAAUGGGCCUGACGAGGGUGAGGAUGAAACGAGUGAGGAAGAGAGCGAUCUCAGCGACAACGGGCUACAGUGCGAUGUCGAGUGUGAAGAGGAUAUAAUUGACGAGUCUUCAUCAAAUUCAGAUGUUCAGAGGCCAGUGCUCCAGACCUGCGUCCCCUUGAAUGUUGUCCAGCCACUCAGGAAGAGGAAGUGUGAGACAGACUUUGUUAGUUCACCUUGUAAGAAACUAAAUCCCGAAGAAAAACCCACUUGUCAUCUUUUGGGGAAAAAACUCGACGACAAGGGGAAACACGUUAGAUUUGUCAUUCCAACUAGAGAUAAUCCUCCACCCGAAAUGAGUGAUUGGCUCCUUCAGUUUCAGAGAUGGUCAAACGCCGAAAGAAUGCUAGCAAUAGAUGAAUUAAUAGAGAGAUGCGAACCAACGCAAGUUCGGCAUAUGAUGCAAGUCAUAGAACCACAAUUCCAGCGUGAUUUCAUAUCCCUUUUACCAAAGGAACUAGCCCUAUCAGUGCUAGCCUUCCUAGAACCUAGAGACCUCCUUCGAGCAGCCCAAACCUGCAGAAACUGGCGAUUUCUCGCUGAUGACAAUCUUCUGUGGAAGGAAAAGUGCAGAUCAGCUGGAAUCGAUGAUCUCAGGGAUUCACCACCUACAAAACGCAAGGCCUGUCGCACCACUGGCAAUUGUGGGUCACCCUGGAAACAAGCAUACAUGAGACAGCAUAAUAUUAAAAUGAACUGGAGGACUAUGCCAAUAAGACCACCAAAAGUACUAAAAGGACACGAUGAUCAUGUUAUCACUUGUUUACAGUUCUCUGGGAAUAGGAUAGUUAGUGGAUCUGAUGAUAAUACUCUUAAAGUCUGGUCAGCUGUUACUGGAAAGUGCCUGAGAACCUUAGUGGGCCACACAGGUGGUGUCUGGUCCUCACAGAUGGCCGGCACGACAGUGAUAAGUGGAAGUACAGAUAGAACCUUAAAAGUAUGGAAUGCUGACACUGGCCAAUGUAUUCAUACCCUCUAUGGACACACCUCAACUGUUCGCUGUAUGCACCUGCAUGGGAAUAAAGUCGUGAGUGGUAGCAGAGAUGCAACACUGAGGGUGUGGCAAGUCGAUACUGGCGAGUGUCUGCAUGUACUCGUUGGACAUUUGGCAGCUGUAAGAUGUGUGCAAUAUGAUGGUAGACUGGUUGUCAGUGGUGCUUACGAUUACAUGGUUAAAGUUUGGAAUCCAGAGCGUGAAGAAUGCCUGCACACACUUCAGGGUCACACCAAUAGGGUUUAUUCACUUCAGUUCGAUGGUGUUCACGUGGUAUCUGGCUCCCUUGACACUAGCAUAAGGGUGUGGGAAGUCGAGACUGGUGCCCUCAGACACACCCUGAUGGGCCAUCAGUCUCUCACGUCCGGCAUGGAACUUCGUAAUAAUAUUCUGGUGUCUGGCAAUGCUGACUCUACUGUCAAAGUCUGGGACAUUGUCAGUGGGCACUGCCUUCAGACACUCUCUGGUGCACACAAGCAUCAAUCUGCCGUUACUUGCCUACAGUUCAACAGCCACUUUGUUAUUACCUCGUCUGAUGAUGGCACUGUCAAGUUGUGGGAUGUUAAAACUGGUGAAUUCAUAAGGAAUCUCGUAGCUCUAGAAAGUGGUGGCAGUGGUGGUGUAGUCUGGAGAAUUCGUGCUAGCGAUACUAAACUCGUAUGCGCCGUUGGAAGUCGCAAUGGCACGGAGGAAACAAAACUACUGGUCCUUGAUUUCGAUGUUGAGGUAAAAUUUUGAAACAUGGAAGCAUUUAAGCAUAAUAAAAUCCCUGAGCUAAUGAAUAAUGAUUCAACACCACGUCGUGCCUCGGUACGCAGUCACGGUAUUUCAAAUUUUGUAAAUAACAACUUAGGUAGGCGUAUUAAGGAAGGAAAAAAAAAACAAUCUACUUGUACAAUGUUUCAUGUAUUAUUAAUUAUGGUCUGAUUUGUGAUAAGACUGCACACGAGAGAUUCCUUUUUUUAAUGUGAAAAGGUAAUGAUGAAGUGAGAAUAAUUGAGGUGGGAUUUUUUUUGUAGUACGUUGGGACGAAGGUGAUUCGUUUCGUCCACUUAAAGCCCCCCAGAAUGACGUAUUGAUCAAGACUCAAGAUCACUUAAUUAAUAAAGUCAAAUCGAAGCAGCUUAUCUAUUCAUUUACCUGUUAAUCGAACCAAUCGAAACUAGAACGAAUUUCUUUCAAAUAAUUCAAUUUACUUUUUUUUUUAAAUAUAUUUCUUUUUUACUCUGGAAAUAACCGAUAUUAUGUAUGCCAAACGGAAAAUUAAUUUCACUAUCAUGAGAGGUCUAAUUAAAGAAUUAAAACUCCUGCCUUGUGGCUCCUUUUCCAAACGAGUCUGGAACCACAAUUUUUGAAAUUAAAAAAAAAAAGCAUAAAACCUUCCCACGAGGAAGUAAUGAACUUUACUUGUACUUUAGUCGUUUCAGGACAAAUUAGGCACUUGCAUACGUAAUUAUGGUAUUUUUAUAAACAAUUUGCCCCCGUGUGCGUGACCGUCGCAAUAAUUAUAAUCCUAAAGAUUCUAAUGAUAAAUAAAAUGAAAAAAAAAAAUGUAAUUUGUAAUAAUAAUUAAUCAGCGAGCUUCUUUUACAAGAGUAGGGGAAAUUAAUGAGACACGCGUUUAUUGUUGGUGGGUCAGUGGACUGAAUUGUGUGUCGAAUGAAAUGUCACUGUAUAUAAUGAUAAAGCGAAACUGAACGAAGAUGAAAUGUGUCGAGAAUUAACGACGAAUAUUCUAAUGGAGAGAAGUAAUUAAGAGUAAUUUUCACACUGCAAAUGGCCAAACUGUACCAGCAAUCUCUUAAUCGAUGUCCAAUUGUCGAUUACCUCGUGUUCAUUCAAACAAAACAAUAUUAAAAAAAUUAAAUCAAUGAUUUUUUGAACAGAAUACAGUACCGAAGCGAAAUUGUCAUAAUUAAAUGGAGAAAAGUAAAACUGGACAUGUCAGUAAUUCCACGUGCCAAUAAUUCAAGUUUCAACUGUUCAUUGUGGUAUUUUAAUGUGCAAUACACUCACACAUACACAGGUAAACAUUUUUAGACACUUUUGUUUG